AUGUUCAACGAAUACCUGCAUAUGGGUGAGACGACUAGCUUGGAGGUUCUGAGGCAGUUUUGCAGGGGCAUCAGGGACAUCUUCGGUCUAGAGUAUCUUCGAAAGCCAACCGCACAAGACUGCCAGAUACUGCUGGAUAUGCACGGGACGGUGCAUGACUUUCCAAGGAUGAUGUGCAGCAUUGAUUGCAUGCACUGGGAAUGGAGGAACCGCCCGGUGGCGUGGAAAGGGCAAUUCAGUUUUAACAACGACAUCAACGUUCUGCAGUCGUCACCCCUCUUCAAUGAGCAGUGCCGUGGUGAGGGUCCAGAAAUCCGCUUCAUGGCCAACGUCAAGCAGUACAACAGGGGCUACUAUUUGGCAAAUGGGAUAUACCCUCGGUGA